AUGGCUAUUGGGCUCACUCUCACAGCGUCCACUUCUCUGGAGAUGGUGGCCUACUACGACGUGGACUGGGUUGGCUGCCCCGACACCCGUCGGUCCACCUUUGGCUACUGCAUUUACCUCGGUCCUUCACUCAUCUCGUGGUCGUACAAGCGACAAUCUACGUACACAGACGAGUCCGAAGCUACGCGAACAGUAGCCAAGGCGGAGAUGAGCGCAAUGGAGAUGGAGAAGUUGAUCAGCGAAGAGAAGGUGGUGCUUGGCGGCGCUGGAGACGAGGAGGAAGAGGACGACGUGGUACUGCCGGGAUACCGGUUCCACCCCACCGACGAGGAACUCGUCACCUUCUACCUCCGGCGGAAGGUGGCUGGGAAGCCGCUCAGCAUCGAAGUCAUCCGGGAGAUGGACAUCUACAAACACGACCCAUGGGAUCUCCCCAAGGGGAGCACGGUUGGUGGGGAAAAAGAGUGGUACUUCUUCUGCCUCAGGGGGAGGAAGUACCGGAACAGCAUCCGUCCCAACCGGGUGACCGGCUCCGGCUUCUGGAAGGCCACGGGCAUCGACCGGCCGAUCUACUCUGCCGCCAGCGGCGGCUCGGGCUCGGGCUCCGGCGUAUUGAUUGGGCUGAAGAAAUCUCUCGUCUACUACCUUGGCAAAUUCGGUAAGUGCACCAAGACCGACUGGAUGAUGCACGAGUUCCGCCUCCUGCCGUCCGCCCCCGCGGCCACCAACGCCUCCCCGAGCAUGCAGGAAGCGGAGGUGUGGACCAUCUGUCGGAUCUUCAGGAGGACCAUCACCUACCGGAAGCAGCAGACGUGGAGGACGGCGCCCACGCCAUCCGCUGCCGACCAGAGCUCCAACACGGGGAGCUUCGAGUCCUCGGAGGUCGGCCACGAGUACAUGAACUGCCUGCAGGCUCCGGCACCCAUCGCCCCGUGCAACCCCCCGCAGCAGCACCAGCAGUACGUCAGCCAGAUGGACGCAGUAAACAGCAACAACUUCUUCUACGAGGACACCAUGCACAACCAGCAGUUCCAGGGGCAAUGGAAUGCGGCACCCGCCGCGCCGGAGCCAGAGGAGAAGCCACAGAAUACACCGUCGGCGGCCGUCUCCUUCCACCAGACUGACCAUAGCCACGCCGUCGCAGAGAACGAUUUUUACGAGGUCGAGGGGUAUUUGGAGGAGAUCGCGAGGAUGAUGGAGGUCACCGAUACGGCAGGGUUUUACGACUGA